AUGCCGGGCUCGCACCGAGACGAUGCGCCCCAGCCUCGUCGUAGACACGGCGACCGCCAUGAUCACUAUGAGGCUGAGGAAAUAAGAAGGAGAAGAGCGCUGCGAGUGUCGGCGUGGCGAGCCGGAGCGGAAUCUGCAGACGAGGAUGCCGACGACAAACCCGGCCCGUCGUUGGCCCCGCGAGCGCCUGCGCGAGAGCGAGCGCGCACGGUAGGACUGCGCGUAGCUAACGGGAAGACGCAACGGCUUGUGCAUAGAGCCUCUAGUAGCGAUGAUUCGUCAUCGUUAUUCGCUGGAUCGGACAAGGAUCGUAGCAAGAAGGUGUCGGCGUGGGAACACGGACGAGGCGGAAAUUCGGGUUUGGUUGAGCCUUGGGAACUGAAUGACGACGACGAGCACAUCCUGCCAAAACUUCGACUGAGUCCACCGAAGGCAGACACUCUGAGCUCUUCCAGCGACGAUGACGAUAACGACGAUUCGACGUUCAAAUCACUCUCAGCGAAUAGUCCACUCAAACAACCACAGCGUCCCGCGCUGGCGAAGACGUUUAUGAGACAAGAUCACAUCAGACACCUCGACGAGGAGGAUAUAGAGUACUAUACCGAGUCUGAUUCGGACUACAGUGCUCAAUUUCUGGGAAAAAACAGCGAUAGUGAAGACGACGAUGACGAUAAAGAUGAGACGAGUGAAAAUAGUUUUAGCGGAGGAGACGAAGUUGACGAGGAUGGCGUCGCGGUCAAGUCGAUGAAGAAAAAGAAAAAGAAAAGGAAGAAUGGGGUGGUCCUCACGCCGCCGAUGAGUCCUAAGAGUAAGACGAGGUAUCGUUGCAUCAAAGGCGAGCUCGCCGCCGCCAAAGCGAAAACGACGAUCAUUCGCGAAAAGUAUCAGGCCGUGAAGUAUGUGUUUGAGACUGAAAACGAACAAGGAGAGAAAACUUUGAGCGACGAACUCAGCGCCGUCGUAUCCAACGCAGCAAAGGCGAGUUCACAGACAGAGGCCGACUUGCGCGUCAGAACAACCCUGUUCGCAAAGACAAACGGUCUGUCAGCGUUACCCGUGUGCACGUGCGAUCAGUCACCGUCGACGCUCAUUGGUCCGAAGCAGGUUGGCUCGUUGGCAUCGUACUGUCAGAUUCACAUGCCAUUCGCCGCGGCAAAGAUGGGAAAGUACGGAACCUCACACAGUCAGUGUGACGUCGAAGAAGCAACGCGGCGCCUUCGAUCGGUGUAUUUGCUCGAACAGGCGGCCGAGGAGAAGCGCAAAGCCAAAAUUCACGCGUUACAAGACGAGCGAUCGAAACGUGGUCACUAUGCUUGGAACCGCGACGAAGCAAAUGCGCCUCAAGCUGGAGAUUCCGAUGACUCUGACUGGGAGAUUUCCAACGUAGUGAAGACUGUCGGCAUGAGCCGUGGAGCGCCCAGGGUUGUUCCUAAUCCUCAAAUCGAGCGCGCGAAACAACGCAUGGCCGAUCUUCGCGACGCGCACGGAUAUCAGCUCUUUGAGACGCGAAUCAAUUUCAUACUGGUGACAAAUAACAGCAGUAAGUCUCUUUAUCGCGUGGCAAAGAUUGAACGGUUUUCAGAUGAGUUCCGGGUGGAAGAAGAUUCGCAUCUAUACUCCAAGCUUCAGUUGGAGAAUUUGUUACGGAUGACGUCGCAAACGCAGGGUGGGUGCAGGCGCAUCAGCGAAGGGCGCGGCAUAGUUGGAUUCAUUCAGCUCUACAAUUUUCAAUCUGCUUCCGAUUCCGGCUGGGAUCUCGACGCGAUGACGGAGUCUGGGACAAAGGGUGACAUCAUACGGAUCACCGAGCAGAUUUAUCGCCGACAUGUGUGCGCAAUGAAGAGGAAAGAGCUCAUGUUCUCCUUUCUCGAGCGCACGAAAGUCGGGGCAGGCGUUCCGAGUUACUUGCAUCAGCUCGGCCCGCGUCAGGGCUACACAGUAUUUAGCGGUGCUGAUGCAGUGAGGCCUAUCGGAGCGUAUGGAUCAACCGUGCAGUCGAGAGGCAUUCCGACGAAUGCAAACAUGAAUCGUGCACAAUCUAUCCAGUCCUCACAGAACGCGGUCGAGAAACCGGCAGAAGAUGCGGGCGCUUCGAGGGCUCAAGCGCCCCCCAAGGCGGCCUGGUACGAAGGUAUUUUGUCGAACAUCGACAAAGCAGUCGAAAAGCAAGAACAAGAGGAGAAGGCGAAGUUGGCGAAGAAGCUCACUGAAAAGCAAGCGGAAGAUUUGGCUGAGAGGUUACGCAAACAAAAAGAAGAAGAAGAGGAAGCCGCGCGCGUUGCGGCGGCGGGCGAUUGGACAAAACUCAUUCUUGAAGGAUUUAUCGUUCCCGAAAUUCCUACGAAUAAUGCGCUUCCGGGGCAAAUGAUGCAGGUGGACGGGGCGAGCAAUAAAUUCAUCUAUCGCACAAAGUAUCUUACAACUUUCGACGAUCUGCCACCGAGCGAUGACGAAUCAGCCGACGACACGAUCAUCGCACCGUCAGGAUUACUCAUUUCAUCGGACUCAUCCGACGAUGACGCUAAGGGUUUGCGUCGGAAAGUGAUGAGCUUUCACGAGACGUCAUUGGCCAUCGAACGAGAAGGCAAGGUACAACAAGAUCAUGAAAAGAAAAUCAUCUUCAAAGAUGAGGACGUCACUUUUGCGUCGGAGAUAUCAGUCGAGCCCAGCGUAGGAGUUCCUACAACAAAGGAGACGGUGCCCGCGCCCGAGCGUGUUAAGAGCAUCACAAAGCUCAUCACGCCCGAGCUGAAACACGUGGGCACGAUACGAAUCAAGACAGCCGACGAGAGCGCGACACUCAAAACGCCCAGUGUACCGACGACGCCGAAAGCCAAGCCGAAUGAGAACCCGCAGAAAGGUAACGCCGUGACUAUCAACAGCAAAAUGUAUCAGGAGGACUACUACGAAUCGGAUACUGAUCCCGAUGAGGACUACGAGUUCACAGAAUCAUCGAGUGACACUGAUGAAGACGUCGAAUUUGUUGAGUAUACUUUGAUCGAACGAAUUCUCAUAUUUCUUGGAUUCUUGGAGGAUCACCAAGCAAAGAAAGUAUAUGAUUCUAGUAGCGAUGACGAGACGACGGGCAGAGGUUUCUUCUCCCGUGCUUACGAAGGUGCGACUAACGUCGUUCGCGCCGCGAUGGGCGACGAUGUCACCGACGCCGCGGCAGUCAAAAAGCCACUGAAGAAACAUAAUUCGCGGAAGGUAACCGGCGGUGAUCACUACGAGAAGAAAGAUGCGCACCAGAAUAUCAAGCGUAAGACGAAAGAGGAAUUACAAGCCGAUAUCGAGAGGCGGAAGCUUGCUUUGGAGAAACGCAAAGCGCGUCGCGCGAAGCGGGCGGAGAUUCGCGCCGCGCGCAAAAAGGCGCACAAGAAAGCGCAGGAUAGACUCGCCCGUUACAAGUUUGACGAGUCUCAGAAUAUCGUCAAGUUGCGCUUCAAGUCUUUCGGCGCGCACGCGCCGUUGAUGUUGUAA